CCAUUGCUGACGGUCCAUCUCAUUGACAUUUCUCCGUUUAUGUCUUUUCAAGGGAUCCUCCUUCUUGGUGUGCGUUUGACCCAGUCGCCAAAUCUUGUCACUGCACUGCAGUUGGAGGAUUUUGCCACUCGCACACAGUCUCUCAUUGCAGAGGCGGUGCAGCAUCGUGAGAAGUGUAGACUCGCCCAAAAUGUCAGCGUCCUCACCAGCAAUUAUAUCGGGCCCUGUCUCGUGGGAGCUCUGCUUUAUUGUCAACAGCGUAGUACAUCUAGUGCCUUUUUCCUUCCACAGGUUGUUGAACGAAUACUGUCAGAUGGACGUACAUUGAGCAAAGAAAUGCAAUUAAACGGAACUUAUCAGGAACUAAUCCAACCAUGGGCCCUGAGGUGUCCGCCGUUGAUGUUUACAUGGCAUGAUAAGGCCUACCUGGGUGCUGCUCACGGGUUUGCCGGCAUUUUGAUGACGUUACUAAAGGUGAGCGACGAUAUUUUAAAGCCGAUAACCGACUCGCAUAAUCAACGUCAUAAACAGUGCAACAAAAUUUCCCCAUUAAAUGCCAGUUUUUGCAUGAAAGUUCACCAGCAAAUGCCCGAAGCCCUGCCAGAUACCGCCCUCUAUGCCCUAAUCCUGCCCACGAUCACUUGGCUGUCGGAGCUGCACUUUGACGGUGAGGAGCACUACAACUGGCCCUCCAGCCUGGGUAACAACAACAAUCGGCUGGUUCAGUGGUGUCACGGGGCCCCGGGCAUCAUACCACUCCUGCUGCUCGCUCAUACGGUAAGUGUGCCUUGUGUUUAA